AUGUUUAGGGGUCAGAGAGUCCUCGUCUCAGUGUCCUCGUCUCAGAGUCCUCGUCUCAGUGUCCUCGUCUCAGUGUCCUCGUCUCAGAGUCCUCGUCUCAGAGUCCUCGUCUCAGAGUCCUCGUCUCAGUGUCCUCGUCUCAGAGUCCUCGUCUCAGAGUCCUCGGCCCAGCGUCCUCCUCUCAGAGUCCUCGUCUCAGUGUCCUCGUCUCAGAGUCCUCGUCUCAGCGUCCUCGUCUCAGAGUCCUCGUCUCAGUUUACAGGAUCUUCACCGGGACAAGUUGAGGAUUUUAUCCGUCACGGUUUCAAUUUGAUCUCGGUUAUUUUUAAUCCGUUAGCUCGGGUAAGCCUCUCCGGGGCCAAACAAGGAUCCAUCCUGGAAGCCCCCGGGGAACCGCGGAUAUCUACCCAGCAUGGGUGCUUCGUGACCCGCGGCAGGUGCGAGGAUAUGCCGGGGGAAGCGGCGGCGGUGCCCGGGAGGGUGGUGCUGGUCAAGAGGAUCAUCAUGAAGGACGGAGCCGCGUUGCAGCCGGGCAUCGGCCGACCCAGUGUGUAUCACGCCGUGGUGGUGAUCUUCCUGGAGUUCUUCGCCUGGGGUCUUCUCACCACGCCCAUGCUCACCGUUCUACACGAGACGUUCCCUCAGCACACGUUCCUGAUGAACGGACUGAUUCAGGGUGUGAAGGGUCUGCUGUCGUUCAUGUCCGCUCCUCUGAUUGGUGCGCUGUCGGACGUGUGGGGCCGGCGCACCUUCCUGUUGGUCACCGUCUUCUUCACGUGCGCUCCGAUCCCUCUGAUGAGGCUCAGCCCCUGGUGGUACUUCGCCAUGAUCUCCAUGUCCGGAGCUUUCUCUGUCACCUUCUCUGUCAUCUUCGCCUACGUGGCCGACGUGACGACAGCGAGAGAGAGGAGCACCGCCUACGGUCUGGUGUCGGCGACCUUCGCAGCCAGCCUGGUGACGAGUCCCGCCAUCGGGGCGUACGUGUCCGCCUGGUACGGGGACAACAUGGUGGUUCUGUUGGCCACGCUGAUCGCUCUGGCCGACAUCGGCUUCAUCCUGCUCGCCAUGCCCGAGUCCCUGCCGGACAAGAUGAGGCUCAACACGUGGGGGGCGCCGAUAUCCUGGGAGCAGGCCGACCCCUUCAUCUCGCUGAGAAAAGUGGGUCAGGACCCGACCAUCUUACUGAUCUGCAUCACUGUGUUCCUGUCCUACCUGCCGGAGGCCGGCCAGUACUCCAGCUUCUUCCUCUACCUGAGACAGGUCAUAAAUUUCUCCUCCACAACCAUCGCUGUGUUCAUUGGCGUGGUGGGGAUUCUGUCCAUCAUAGCACAGACUCUCUUCCUCACGCUGCUGAUGAGAACUCUGGGUAAUAAGAACACGGUUCUGUUGGGUUUGGGUUUCCAGAUCCUGCAGUUGGCCUGGUACGGCUUCGGAUCAGAGCCUUGGAUGAUUUGGGCAGCAGGAGCUGUAGCAGCGAUGUCCUCCAUCACCUUCCCAGCUGUUUCUGCUCUGGUGUCGCACUCAGCUGAUCCUGACAAACAAGGUGUGGUUCAGGGGAUGAUCACGGGGAUCAGGGGUCUGUGUAAUGGUCUGGGUCCGGCUCUGUACGGAUUCAUCUUCUUCCUCUUCAACGUGGAGCUCAACACCAUCGACCCGAUCGAGGGAGAGUUCAACGUGGACCCGCUGCCUCUGGAGAGUCCCCCCGAGCGAGCGCUCAUCCCCGGCCCGCCCUUCCUGUUGGGUGCGUGCUGCGUGGUGGUCGCCUUCUUCGUGGCUCUCUUCAUCCCAGAAAAACCCUCCUGCACCUCCUCUUCCUCCCACCUGUCCCUCAGCGACAAGCCACACCCGGACAGCAAAGAGUCCAUGUCCUCGCUGGCUGGCGUCCACAUCAACACGCCGCUCCCGGGCAGCGACGAGGAGGCCCCUCCCACCACUAGCGACGAGGACUUUGAGCCUCUGCUGCAGGACAGCAUCGUUUGACGGACAGGUGCAAGAGCCACACAGGGUGGGGCUUACGUUUAUAGUUUCACUGAUUGACAUUUAGCAAAAAAAGAUGACGAUUUUUGCCGCAGGGUGGAACUAAAUACUUUCAAAGUCCGACAGCGAGGAGCUCCAGCAGCGAUGUUCCUCCACCAGAAGGAGGCGCUAAUGUCACAGGUCAGGAGCAGAGACAGUAACAUCACGUUAGCGCCCAAUGAGGGAGGUUCUUCAACGAAGGGGCGGGAGCAAGAGCUGCAAAUAAGAUGUCACUAUUAUUUUUCUGAAUGGAGGAGACGGAUACAAUUUUGUUCUGGACGGACGGACGUGGGAAUCAAACGACGACCACGAGUGAAAUCAACAUGUGAUCGAGAGGAUGAGGAACCAGCUGUCAAUCAUGUCAAGAGAGAGAGAGAAAGAGAGGUGCUCGUUCACUUUAAAGCUUGAAGUUGGUGAUUGUUUUUAUUAUUUGUGAUAAACAAGAAAAAGUAUUUUUGCCUUCAGCUGUUUGUUGUUGUUUUUUUCUCUUGUUAUUGUAGCAUAUUUACUUUUUUCCAUAUUUCCAGAGUUUAGGGAUUUGUAUCAUUUUUAAAUGUCUGAGUUAUUGAUGCAAAGGAAUGAAUGUGACGACUGAAGUUCAACAUCUUCAAAUAUCUAGUUUAAUGGUUAUUUUCAUUGGUGCAAGUUUUAUUUAAAUUUCUUUAGAUCGUGAAGAAUUGGGGAAAUGUUUCAUUUAGAAAACUGACCUCAGUGUAUAAGCUCCACUCCAGAUUUCACCAGGUGUUUUCCCUGUUUGUCACUACCUCAGAAAAAUGUUUUUAAAUCAUACAUAACCUGGAUUCACUCCUUUUCCCUCAAUUUUAUUUUUAUAUCAUUGUCACUUUAUGAAACAGCUACUGGCUGCUGACAGUGGAAAAACCUCAGAGCUGCAAAAUAGUUUUUUAGCUUAUAUAAAAUGAAUUCCUUUAAAUCAUGAGAUAGUUGAUCAUUUCCGUUACCCAUGAUCCUUCACUGUUGGAGUUUAAGAAAACUUUGAACUGGACUUUUAGCUGUUUUCUGUCUCGUGUGCUGCAGGUUUGAGGUUUUUCUGUCUGACAGCAGUUAAAAUUCUGUGAAUGAAUUUAUACUUGAAGCAUCAGACAGAGAUUCUACGAGAGUUUAACAGAGUUUAUGUGGCACAGAGCUAUUUUCCUUUAUGACCUUAAAAUGUACAUGAAAUAAUGUGAAUAUUUUGGUUUGUAUAUAAUGUAAAAGUGAAGUCAGGUUUAUGAGAAGGUUUCCUGUAGUGUUUUUGUCCUGGGAGGCUCAAUGGCACUAAAACAGUGGGUGGAGGUCGAGGGUUCAAUUCCUCUUGUGCAGCUAAACCGUUAAAUAAGACGUUUAUUCAGAUCAGACUUGGGAACAGAUAAAUAAUCCCCCCCGUCUGUUAUUUACACCUGACUGUGUUUACAUGCACACUGGUUUCUGAUUCUGUUACAUGAUGUUUAUUUUUAUCCCCACCUUUUAAAUUUCAUUCACGAUUCCACCACUUUGAUUUAUUAAAACAUUAAAACAUCUAAUUGGUACAUUAGUGUGCAUCUAAAUACUCAAGUGUGAUUUAAUUCAGAUGGUUAAGUGCCAGUGAAACUGUAAAUACAUGGACUGAAUGUAUGUGAGCAAAGCAAAUGAACACAAAGAUUCACUGUAAAUACACUUUGUCUCGUAUGUCAUCUGAAAGUGUACAAAGUUAAUGGAAAUUAAAAAGGAACAACAUGAG